AUGACUAAUUUGAAAAACAAAACUCAAAAAUUGACUGCCCGAGCGGAAUUUCUUUUAUUUGAUUUGGUAAAUCCUAAAAAAAAAUAUAAAUAUAUCUGUAAUUGUACUGACUGUGAAGGAAAAGAAAUUGAUGAACAGAUCCAGAAAAAGCAUGCUAAUGAGAAAAUUAUGUGGAAAUCUAAUAAAGAAAGAAAAAUUCAAUUAGCUAUAAUCGAAGCAAGAAAGUUUAAUUGUGAAGUGAACGAAAAUACAUUAAAUAAGAGUAGUAAGAAAAGAAAAAUAAGUUCCCAACAGUUAUCUCCGGUUGAGGAUACAACUAAUGUUCCAAAGUUAAAUAGGGACAUAUCUGUAAGUGACAUGCUUACAGGAUUAGGUCUUGGAGUUGCAUCAUCAUCUCGAUCAAGAAAUGAUCAAUUUCAUGAACCUAAUAUAGAAGAGACGCCCGAUAUGUAUGAUGAUGAACUUUUGUUUGAUAUAGGAGAUGAAGAAAAUUAUGAAUUAAUUGAUGACUUAGAAGAACAACACGAUGAUGAUGAAUUGAUUGAUGACCAAGAAGAAGGUGAUGAUGAUCAAGUAGAGUAUAUAGAUAUAGAUAAUGAAACACCUGAAGAUGAUGAUAACUUAUUUGCUGCACCUGAGCUAGAAUUCCUGGAGGCCUUAAUUAAGUUUUUAAACAAUAUGCUUAUGAUGAUUGAUGAUUCUAAGUUUUGUGAAUUUCCUGCUUUUUUAUUUAUAGCAAAAAAGAAAUUAGGAAUUUUUCAACCAAAAUUAAGGAUGGCAGUUUGUACAAACUGUCAUAAAUUAUAUGAUUCUAAGAUUGUAUGUAAUCAUAAAGAAAAUAAUAAGUUGGCAAUUAUGCAUUGCAAUUAUGAAGAAUAUCCUAAUAAUCCUGUACUUUCCCGCAAGAAUUUAUGUGAUAAUGAACUCUCCUCUCUCAAAAGAAAUAUGAAAAAUAUGAUAGUUAUUCCACGAAUGUUAUAUCCUAAACCUUCAAUUAAACAACAAUUAAGCAUCAUGUACCAGAGGUCAGGUUUUGAAAAAAUGCUUGAUCAAUCGGGUUCUUAUCUCAAUAGUAAUCAGCAGAUCAAACCUGAACUUAUGAAAAUAGUCCUCAAAAAUUUGCUUAAAGCUGCUGGUAGCUUAGCUGUAACUAAUGAAUUUGAUAGAGAAGAGUUACAGUAUUUCAUCUUCUUGAGACAUGAUAUGUCCAAUAAGAUCUAUAGUACUGAAUAUAUACCAGGACGUAUGCUAGCACCUACAUAUAAAAAGAAAGAUGUGAAGGUAUGUAUGGAAGUAAUUAUGAACCAAAAUGCAAGGUUAAUAAUAGGGAAUAAAAUAUUUGGGUUCAAAAUCGCAGGCCGAUAUGAAAAUAAUGCAGUAAUCUUAGCAAAAUGGGAGGUCUUUAGAGAUGGGACAAGUGAUAUUUAUCCUGGAGAGGUACAAUAUUACUUUGAAUAUACACUUACCCUUUCAAAUGGACCAAGAACACAUCUUUUAGCCUACGUCAAAUGGUACAAAAAUGUGUCUUCCUCUAGUAUUCGAUUUAAGCAUAAAUUUAUGACACCCGAAGUAUUAAAUACAGAGUUGUGGAGAGAAGAAUACUAUGAGGAAGGUAUAGAUUCAAUUAUUGCAGUGCAUAGAAUAUAUGGUCGAGCCAUUAAGAUAGACUAUCAG